GUGCUAUUCCAGCUCGCCGUCUCUACCAACAACAACGUUCAACGGCGACGCUUGCACGUUGUUGAAUCAGCAUUAAAAUGUACCUCCGGUAUGCAUUGAUCAGUAUCACUGCAUACUUUUUCGCCUUCCUUUCACCCGCCUCUGCGGUGAGGGUUCUUCGUUCACGUUCUUUGGCAACAUGUUCGUCCAAUUCCCAAUUGUCUGCCUCAACGUUCAAUGUUGACUUUUUCCCUGCUAACCAAAGUAUCGUUUUCGAUCUUUCUUUGCAGUCGUCUAUGUCUUCUAAUAUCACCAUUGUUGCAAAUAUCUAUGCCUAUGGUAUUAGCAUUUCACCCAUCACGGUCAAUCCCUGUAACUUGAAGUUCAGCGGUUUCUGUCCCAUCACCACCGGUAACAUCGACUUGGAGGGAAGUUAUACCAUUUCGGGUUCAGCACUUGACACCCUCAAGUCAAUUCCUGGAAUCGCAUAUAUGGUUCCUGACUUGGAUGCCUCUGUUAUCGUUCGUAUCAACAGUACCGACACAGGUGAGGAACUUGCUUGUGUUGAGGCAUCAUUCAGCAACACACGUUCUGUUCAUUCCCGUGCCGUUUACUGGGUCAUGUGUGUCAUCAUUGGCGUUCCUUUGAUCGUGUUCCUCUUCUUCUCUUCGGCGUUUCAAACGCCAGAGAUGUGGGAGAUUUGCGCUUCAUUCCUUGCGAUGUUCCAUUUCUCCCAGUCCCAAGCUCUGUAUGGAUUUUUGGCCAUCAAACUUCCAAUUGUAGUUGAGAGUUGGGCGCAAAACUUUAACUGGGCGCUCGGUAUCAUCCGACUCAACUUCAUGCAGUCUAUCUUUACAUGGUACAUUAAAUCCACCGGUGGCACACCGUCUGUACUGACAAAACUGGGUGAUCAUGCCAAUGUUAUUUUGUACAAACGUGCCAUUGAGCCGGCGGUAUCGUUGUGGAAGCGUACGUCCUACUCGUCGUCAUCUUCUACAAGUUCUACAACACUACACGGCAUUGAUCGUGUCGCAUAUCGUGCGGGAAUUGAGACUACAAACCUGUUCAUGACGGGAUUAGCCUUCUUUGUGAUCCUAUUGGGCUUCACGCUCAUUUUAGUAAUUGUGUUUCGAGUACUGCUUGAGCUAGGUCUGCUCUUCCGUAGCAUCCACGAUAGUCGGGCCUUGGAAUUACGCGUUCGUUGCAAUGCCAUUUCCAAGGGCUUUUUCUAUCGUGUUGUGUACGUCAGUUUCACGCAGAUGGCCGUUCUGUCCAUGUGGGAAAUCUAUACCCGCGACUCUACUGGUGCAGCUAUAUUGGGCAUGUAUAUCAUUGUGGAUAUUGCUAUCUUGUUGCUUUGGGCAUUUAUCCGUACUGUGCAAGCUGUGCGGAAGAUGGGUCCUUUCUUGCAUAAUGAGGCCGUGUACAAUUUGUACUCGGAUAUCCAGCAUUUGAUGCGUUGGGGUUUCAUGUAUGUACCUUACAAGGUGCGUUACUUCUUCUUUGCUUUGCCCAUUCUCAUUGUUUCUCUUGUGGAUGCCAUGUUUAUUGGCUUUGGUCAAGGACACCCUGUUGUGCAGGGCAUUGCUAGAUUUGUGAUUUCCAUCAUCGUCUUUUUGGUUUACCUUGUGUUGCGUCCCUUUGCCACGAAACACAUGAAUGCAAUGCAUUGUGGCAUUGCUUUCAUGGGGCUCGUGUCAGGUGUGUUCAUUCUCAUUAUGUGUGAAGCGUUCGAAGUGAACGAGCUUGUUCGCCAAGUAAUCGGUAUUGUAAUGUUUGCAUUGAACGCAUUGACAUUACUCUUUAUGAUCUUAGGUGUGUACAUUCGCGCACUUGUUUUGCUCUGUCGUCGUCAUCCUAAGGGCACGUACAGUCGCAUGAUUGAGGUGCCGACAGACUCGAGCGAGACUAAGGUUUCAACAGGGUUUGAUAACAGUGACCCGUUCUCAGCGGACAUGCACGGAAAGGAGGGUCCCUUGGAACCUUCUUCACGCUCGCAUGGCUCUUCUGACGUUCGCCGUGUGGACGCAGCUCGCACAUACCCUUGGGAAGUUGUGGAAGAUGCGUCAUAUGCAAGCUUGCAUGGUCCUGCUGAGCUGCAGCGGCCUCACGUGCGCAAUGCUGAAUAUUCAGAGUCAAGUGUUACAGGACGUAUGAGUGAUGCUGGCAAUUCCUCUGCUCCUAGUUACACAAACCGUGAUCCUUACACCCGGACCGCGAAUCGGUAAUAUCACACGCCUCUAUUUUCCCGGUUAUGAUUGACUAUGACCUCUUCUUCUUUUUCUCUUCUGUGUUGUUGUUUCCAUAUUCUGACCAGCAUGUUCUCAGACACGCAUUUCCGAACACGCCCACACAUUUACACGCUCAUAUUUUACACAUACACACAUAUAUCUCAUACAGCUCCAAGCUCAACUCUAAACGUGCCGCACGGCGAAAAGCUAGCCUACUGCCAACCGUGAAAUUGAGUCAUAUCUCAUUGGAGGACGUGAUUGCUACAUAUCUUUUUAUUUACUAUUUGUUGUUGUUCUUUUUCCCGUUUUGAUAUAUUUCCAACGCCAUUAACAAAAAGCCAGAAGCAAGAGCAUCACUCUUUAGCGGAUGUCCGGACAUCCGGUUUCGAAUAUAAAAUCGCCAUUGCAUUUCGAACGAAAUGAAAUAUGCAUAUCCAUAUUCGUCAAAAAUGCACCUGGCUUCGGGAAUGAAACGAUGCAGUGUCGCUUAGCUUAGUUCACCAGUCGGUAUAGACCAGUGAGUGCAAAGGCGGUUGCCAGGCCGAGAAUGCCGAAGCGUUUUGUCCGAUACAGGGGGACAUUGUGUGGCAAUCGUCGCGAUUGCACAUAGGCAUACACACCGAGUCCGGUGAAUGCAGAAGCACCAACCAGUCUACACGGCAAACAGUCGACCCUCUCGAAGCGAGGGUCGUUCGGGUCGAUAGGAGGUAUGCGUUUAAAAUUGUCUUUGAAUCUGGUGUUGUUCGCGUCGCCGCCGAGGGGAGCCUCCUUCUGAAUGGUCAUUUCUGUGCUGAUUGCGGUUUUUGGCUGCUCGUUUUAUUGAACAAAAUUUCUUUCUAGCAUUGCCGCUUCUUGUAAUUCAAACUGCUGGUUGGUGGAUGAUC